AAAAAAAAAAAAAAAAAAAUACAAGAUGGCGGAGAGUGCGGAAUUGAAGCAAAUGGUGAUGAGCCUGCGGGUGUCGGAGCUGCAGGUGCUGCUGGGAUACGCCGGGCGCAACAAGCACGGACGAAAGCACGAGCUGCUGACCAAGGCGCUGCAUCUGCUGAAGGCCGGCUGCAGCCCCGCCGUGCACAUGAAGGUCAAAGAGCUCUACCGACGACGCUUCCCCGCCAAAAUGGUUUCCCACUCAGAGCUGGCCAUGCCCGGGCCGCACCACCCGGCCACGGCUGGCGUGGUCGGGGGAGGGGGCGCCGCACUGCCCGCCGGCAUGACGCAGUUGGCGUACGAGGGCCACGGCGGAGCCCCGUCGCCCGCCGCCUUACUGCCCCUCUCCCUGCUCGGCCCCGGGAAGCACGAGUUAACCGGGCUGACGCACCACCUGUCCGGCUCGGCCACGCUGCACCCGGUCCACCCGGACGUCAAGCUGCAGAGGCUGCCCUUCUACGACAUGCUGGACGAGCUCAUCAAGCCAACCAGUCUAGCCUCAGACAACAGCCAGCGGUUUCAGGAGACAUGUUUCGCCUUUGCGUUAACGCCACAACAAGUCCAGCAGAUCAGCAGCUCGAUGGACAUCUCGGGGACCAAAUGUGAUUUCUCAGUUCAAGUCCAGUUGCGGUUUUGCCUGUCGGAGACCAGCUGUCCUCAGGAAGACCAUUUCCCACCCAAUCUGUGUGUGAAAGUCAACGGGAAGCCAUGUAAUCUGCCGGGUUAUCUUCCUCCAACCAAAAACGGCGUAGAGCCCAAGCGGCCCAGCCGGCCCAUCAACAUUACCUCACUGGUCAGAUUGUCCACCACAGUCCCCAAUACCAUUGUGGUGUCGUGGACCUCUGAGAUCGGAAGGAGUUACUCCAUGGCAGUGUACUUGGUGAAGCAGCAGUCGUCCACAGUGUUGUUACAGAGACUACGAGCAAAAGGCAUCAGAAACCCGGACCACUCCAGAGCCCUCAUCAAAGAGAAGCUAACAGCAGACCCAGACAGUGAAAUAGCCACGACCAGCCUUCGAGUGUCGCUGCUCUGCCCGCUGGGGAAGAUGCGGCUCAUGAUCCCAUGCCGGGCGCUGACGUGCUCCCACCUGCAGUGCUUUGACGCCACACUGUACAUCCAGAUGAACGAGAAGAAGCCCACCUGGGUGUGUCCUGUCUGUGACAAGAAAGCCCCCUAUGAGCACCUCAUCAUCGACGGGCUUUUCGUGGAGAUCCUCAACAGCUGCAUGGACUGUGAUGAGAUCCAGUUUAAGGAGGAUGGCAGCUGGGCCCCCAUGAGGUCCAAGAGGGAAGUGCAAGAGGUCUCCUCUGCUUCCUAUAACGGACUGGAUGGUUCAUGUCGGACGUCUGCAGGCUCAGAUCAGCUGAGCUCCUCGUCGUCCAGCCACGGUGGCAGCGACAGCAGCAAUAGCAAGAUGGUGGAGGUGAUCGACUUGACGCUGGACAGCUCCUCAGACGACGAAGGACAGGAUUCGCCGCCGCCUCCGCAGCCGCCGCCGCUGCCUCCUCUGCCCCAAAGAGCGUGUCCCUCUAUGUCACCGACCUCGCCGCCCAUCAUCAACAAAGGAGUGUUGAACCUGCACCACCAGGCCUCUCCUGUGAGCCGCACACCCAGCAUGCCAGCCGUGGACACCAGCUACAUCCCUCCUGUCCCCCCACUCAUCCAGGACUACAGACCCUACUACCACACACCCAACGACCUGUCGGAGUUGAACUUCUUCUCUUUUCUUCAAGGCGACAAUCAUCAGCAUUACAACAUGGUGAUGGCAGCCGCGGCCGCCGCUUCAGCCUCAGACGACCACGAGCUGCUUCUCAACCGCUUCCUGCCCUACAGCACCUCCUCCAGCUCCUCCCAGCUGUUCCUCGACCAAUCGGGAGCCUCCUCGGCCGCUUCGCUGACGGCGCCGACCAACGGGGCGAGCAACUCGGGCAGCAGCAGCAGCCUGGUGUCGUCCAGCAGCCUCCGCGACACUCACUCCACGCACUCGUCCUCGCACUCCUCACACUCCUCACACACGCACCCCGGGGUGGUGGCCAGCCGGAGCAGCGCCGAAGCAGCGGUGGCAGCUAUUUACGGCGGGAUACCCGACGUUAUAUCGUUGGACUGACUCCAGAAGGGUCAAGACUACACUUUGGGUCCAGCUGCGAUCCAGUGACAAACUCUUUGACUGCAGGGUAACGUUUUGAUCCAGAAACUAGACUGGCCCCCAAGUCCUCUAACUCAGAACGAUUGUUCUCAAGAAGAGCCUCAAGAAGAGCACUAAUAUUAGGAGUGGGUUCAGGCCUGACCUGAGAACAGUACAGAGUCAUCACUUAGAGGGGUCAGCGGUGGACAUUCUGUUUGUAUACUGACUUUAGAUCACAAACCUGUCCAGCAUGUGAACCCGCGGUGACUGCGAUACUGGUACCAACCCGGCACGAACAGCAAAGACGCUACCUGAGCAAAAAAAACACAAAGGAGGAAGGCUCUUUUUUUACAAAAACGAGGAGUGGCACCGUGUACAGAGAACAAAAUAUAUUUUCCUCUUUUACUUUUGUAUGUUGAAUCGGGACAUUUUCAGUCUAGUGAGCUGCUUCAAUCGCUGUUUGUAAGUGGAGGACUGAGGUUGUUUCUCACAAAAGCUUAAACAUAUGCCUCUUGUUUCUCUUCUCUUUUAUUCUGCUUACAUGUCGUUUUAUUUGCAUCUCUACAAUAUAUACUUCAAUUCUUUCUCUUUCUCACGUGCUCGAGUUCAUUUUUAAAUUCAUGAUGUAUUAUUUCUCUGUCCAACGACAAGAACACUGAAUUUACAGUUUAUUCAUGUACUAAUAAUUUUAUUAUGCUUUUAAGUUAUGUAUAUUUAAACAGUUAUUAAUAUAUAUAUAUAUAUA